UACUGGGGGAGGAAUCCCCACCCUCACUUUACUUCUGAGUCUUCCCUGUUUGCUAAACGACUUACCUUACAGGUGUCUGAUUUUCCCAGCCAGAAGAUCGAUUAUUUUAGCAGGUGGAAUAAGAAAGAGGAAGUUUCAGCGAAGGAAGAAGGCUUCAGAAUAUAUCAUAGUAAAGGACCUGACAGACAUCUACCGCCCACAGAAGAUUUGGGGGAAGUGAAAAAGACACACCAAGUCAGAAGAACCAGCCGAAUCUCAGCUGCAGAAGUCUUCUCCGACGCUUUAGCUCUCAAGGUGGAAAUCAAGCAUAAAGGAUGAAGGGCCCCUUAGCCACAGCGCUCCCAGAAGAGGCACAUGACACACCACCGUACUGUGAGGUCACAAUCCAAGAUGGCGCUCCCCGUGAGGACUGACAUGAAACAUCUCUUCAGGUUCUUCCUCAAGUUUAACUCUUCUAAAAGAGCCUUCUGCUCUGCAGCAUGCUCGGGAAACAAGGAGUCUGCAGGAGGUGGAAGGGUUUUCUCCGGGAUCCAGCCGACCGGGGUGCCCCACCUGGGGAAUUACCUGGGGGCCCUGGAGAACUGGGUGUCCCUGCAGAGCCAGUUCCCUUCAGUGCUGUACAGCAUCGUGGACCUGCACUCCAUCACUCAGCCUCAGGACCCGGCACUGCUCCGGAGCAACAUCCUGGACAUGGCAGCCAGUCUGCUGGCCUGCGGCAUCGACCCGGAGAGAGCCAUCCUCUUCCAGCAGUCCCAGGUGUCGGAGCAUGCAGAGCUCUCCUGGAUCCUCGGCUGUCUGACCACCAUGCCCCGCCUCCGUCAUCUGCCGCAGUGGAAGAUGAAGAGCAAACAAAAAAAGGAUGGCAGUGUCGGUCUCUUCACGUAUCCCGUCCUCCAAGCUGCAGAUAUUCUCCUCUACAAGUCGACUCACGUGCCCGUCGGAGAGGAUCAGGUCCAGCAUCUGGAGCUGGCGCAGGAUCUCGCUCGGAUCUUCAACAACCACUACGGAGAUCUGUUCCCCGAACCCGCCGCGCUGCUCAGCUGUACACGAAAGGUUAAAUCCCUCCGCGACCCUUCAGCCAAAAUGUCCAAAUCCGACCCCCACACGAUGGCGACGAUCAGCAUCACAGACUCCCCGGACGACAUCGCCCUCAAGGUGCGUCGCGCCGUCACCGACUUCACAUCUGAGGUGACCUUUGACCCGGAGGCGCGUCCCGGCGUGUCCAACCUGGUGACGAUCCACGCUGCCAUGGCGAGGAUGGGCGUGGAGGAGGCGGUGGCGCAGGCCGCGGGGUUGGACACGGGGGCUUACAAGAGGCUGGUCACUGAGGUCGUGAUCCAGAGGAUGACGCCCAUCAGAGAGGAGAUCCAGAGGCUUAGGGCGGACCCCGAACACCUGGAGGAGGUGCUGUCACAGGGAAGCUGCAGGGCGCGGGAGCUCGCUGCACCCGUCCUCAGGGAGGUCCGCCAGAGGGUGGGCUUCUCCUGAGAGCAGGCGGGAGAAUGAAGCUGGGAUUAUUCUGCAGGAUGGACUCAUCUGCUGCUGAUGAUAUCACAUUUUAUUCCACUGACUGUCAACGUCUCCAGGAUAUCAAGGCUGUGACCCAUGUGAGAGCAAGACGUGUUAAAAGCAAAGGGACUCAACUGCAGAGGAACGUUGUGACAUUUCCCAAUUCCAUAUCUGUCAUUGAAAUGAACAAGGGUUAUUGUCUUUAAAGCAUUUAUGUUCUUAAGACAUUGGAGUGUUAUUUUUGGUUGUAUGUGUUUCUCAAAAUACCACAUGAAACAUUUUUGAUAUUCUUGACUAUAUCUUGUAUUUAGACUCCUGAAUGCCCCCCCACAAAAAUAAGUAAAGCUUAAUAAAUAAGCAUUUUAAAGAGGUAACAGUUACUUGUUAAGUUAUAAUUCAAUGUGAUUUAGGUCCCAGGUGUUGAUCUGAUGUUGGUAGUCUCAACCAGGUGUUUGUAAAUCUGGAUUAAAAUCAGUUUUCAUUUAUAGUACUUUAACAUGUUUGCCUCCAAAAUGUAAAGGAGUAGAAGUAUAAAGUAUCAUAAAAUGGAAAAAGGA